CACUUGAUUAGUGGCAAAACGCUGCUGCAGCACCACAAUUCAUUGAAAAUUUGUCCACUGGAGCAGAUUCUCUAAGGAAAUUGUCUGCAAAAUGGCAUCCGUAAUGAAUACCUAUAAAUUGGUACAAAAAUUAAGUGCCACCAAUCCCGCUUUGCUGCGUCAAGCUGUCAGAAGCAUGGCCGGUUGGAAUAAGGAUUAUAAACCAGCUGGUAUUCCUAAAACCGAGGAAGAGCAUUUAGCUGCUGCCAAAAAAUACCAUUUACUGCCCGAAGAAUACAAACCUUAUGCCGAUAAUGGUUUGGGUUAUGGUGACUAUCCCAAAUUGGAAGGUGGUUUAGGUAUUGAAGCCCGUGAUCCCUACUAUCCAUAUGAUUUUCCAGAAUUGAAGCGUAAUUUGCAUGAAACUGUAAGUUGAUUGAUAUAUUUAAUA